CUGUUCAGCAGAUGGAGUCGGAAUGCGGUGUACAGAGAGAGAAUGGCCGAGCCUGGGGCUGACACCUGAUUGGGCGGCGCUCCAGCCAACCCCGGCGCCCCGUGUCCGAACAAUGCACACUUCUAUUGUGGAUGUGAGUGUGGAGCUGGCUCAGGCUCGCGGCUCUAUUUUUGGCGGAGCUCCGCCCCCCUCCGAUCUAUUUCUGUCAGUCUAGGCUCGGGGCAGCGCUGCGUGAGAGAGUGUGAUAGAGAAGAGCAGAGCCCGGGAGAGACCGCCGACACUCUCCUCUCAUAGGGCGCCUCUCUCCUCUCUGUGUGUAUAUGGGAGCGGGGAUCGCACGGUGUCCUCCGAGGUGACAUGGCCGGCUGCCGGGUGUAGAGGAGCGAGCAGAGUGUGUGUACAGCCGGGACACGGAGCGCCCACAGCCCUUCACUCACCCGCCUCCAUGCCUGGAUUACAUCAAAUGUUAAACACCAUUUACGAGGCUGAUUCCGCUUCUUCCACAGAUGCCAUCCGACGGGGAGACAAGGGGCUGAGGGGCGGCCAGCACACCGGGGGAGCAGUGGACUUGACCGUUCCAUCGAGCACAGUGCUGACACAAGCUACCCCUAUGGAUUUUCACCUAAUCCAGCGUCACAAUCAGCAGUCGGACACCGCACUGAUGAACAUAAAGCAGGCCCAGCAAGCAUUCUUCUCAGCCAUCACUCCACAGCACCAUAUAGACCCCAAAAUAAGGGUGGACUGUCGGAAUACAGACCAUGGACGGCAGGAGCAAAGCCUGAGGCAUCUGGUCAACAAGGAUAAAAGCAAAGGCAGUGCCAUGGCCAGCCCAGCAGUGAAGCAGAAACUGUUGGAGAUGAUUCGGAACAAGCAGCAAGUAGCACCUGACCGCAAUAACGUGACCAAUCACAGCGGACAAGCCAUGCCUUACAGGCCUCCUGAGUUGAUUGAACCGGAACCUCAUCCUCCUCUUCCCAACAAUUUCAUUCCCCAGGAUGCUGCCAGCAACUGUAAUCCUGAGCAUUUUCCUCUAAGAAGAACAGCCUCUGAGCCAAACUUGAAGUGGCCUUGCAGACCCAAGAAGUCGGGGGAGAGGAGGAAGAACCCACUUACACGCAAGGAAAGCGCUCCACCUGCAGUUAGAAGAAGACCCCCAGAAACACAGGACUCCUCUCCCAGCAGUAGCAGCACUCCAGUGUCCGGCUGCAGCUCACCCAAUGACAGCCUGGCUGCUGAGAAUGGAAGUUUGUCCUCCUUGCCUGGAGCUGCCUCAGAGGAGAUGGAACGGAGGUCCAUGCCAAGCCUGAUACAUCGAGUGUCACACCUGACACAUCCCACUGUGUACAUGCCAGGUAUAGAAAGCCAUGAUGGUACGAAUUCUCUGGCAACUCGUCUCCAACCUGUCAUCAUUCUAGAGCCUACGCAUGCAUCGAUGGUUGCAGGCUUGAGUUCUGUUCCACUGCAGUUCACCCAUCCCCUUAUCAACCCUGACCAUUUGUCAGCUACUGGGCACCACAAAGCCUUAAGUCGGACCCGCUCUGAGCCUCUUCCUCAAAAUUCUAAAACACUCCAACAGCAACUACUCCUCCAGCAGCAAUAUGCAGCACUUCCUGAUUAUUUGAAACGGGCAAAUAAGCGCACACAGAAAACCAGUGAAAGGCCGAGACUGAGCCAGAUUCCAUCAGAGGAGAUGGAUGACAGCAGCCCAGCAAAUGAACGAGCUGGUGAACUGGGAGUAAACCCAGCUAGAGGUCGAACAGAAGCCUUACGUGGUGUACAAGACAUGCAAAGUGGCGGCCAACCAGUAAUCCAGCAUUUUGUUCCUCAGGCUUACAUGUGGGAUCCAAACCAUCUUCGCGCACAACAGCACAUGAAAAGACCUCAGCAACUGGACACUUUAAUGAUCCCUCUUAUGCCUCAAACACAUCGUCCUCUUACAAGAGCAAAGUCCUCUCCAGCUUCAGCUUCUAUCCCUACUCAAGAUCCUUCCUCCAAAACCAUUACACUCACAUUGCCAGAACAGCCUGAGAAGAUACGCUUCACCACAGGAAUUGUUUACGACUCUGUGAUGUUAAAGCACCAGUGUACCUGUGGGGACAACAGCAACCACCCAGAGCAUGCUGGGAGAAUCCAAAGCAUCUGGUCCCGCUUGCAAGAAAGAGGACUGCGAAAUCAUUGUGAAUGCAUUCGUGGCAGAAAGGCAUCCUUGGAAGAGCUGCAGUCAGUACAUACAGAGACGCACGUCCUCCUCUAUGGCACCAAUCCUCACAAUAGGCUCAAACUGGACAAUCGCAAACUCGCAGGAAUUCUUGCUCAGAGGAUGUUUGUUAUGCUGCCGUGUGGAGGACUUGGGGUGGACAGUGACACUAUCUGGAAUGAGCUCCAUUCUUCAAAUGCUGCUCGCUGGGCUGCCGGAAGCGUGAUUGAACUGGCAUUUAAAGUUGUAACACAAGAAUUAAAGAAUGGAUUUGCUUUGGUGAGGCCCCCAGGACAUCAUGCAGACCCGUCAACUGCUAUGGGCUUCUGUUUCUUCAACUCUGUAGCUAUUGCCGCCAAACAAUUGCAACAUAGACUAGACGUCAGAAAAAUCCUUAUUGUGGACUGGGACGUUCACCAUGGCAAUGGAACACAACGAGUGUUUUAUGGGGAUCCCAAUGUAUUAUACAUCUCCCUUCAUCGACAUGAUGACGGCAACUUCUUUCCUGGCAGCGGAGCUGCUGACGAGGUUGGUGCUAACAGUGGGGAAGGUUUCAGUGUAAAUGUUGCAUGGGCAGGCGGUCUGGAUCCUCCUAUGGGUGAUGCAGAAUACCUUGCAGCGUUCAGGACUGUGGUGAUGCCAAUUGCUCAUGAAUUCUCUCCAGAUGUGGUCUUGGUAUCAGCUGGUUUUGACGCAGCUGAAGGACACCCAGCUCCACUUGGAGGAUACAAAGUGACGCCUAAGUGUUUUGGUCAUAUGACACGUCAGCUUAUGAGUUUGGCUGGUGGCCGAGUGGUUCUGGCUUUGGAAGGUGGCCAUGACUUGACAUCAAUAUGCGAUGCCUCUGAGGCCUGUGUAUCAGCUUUAUUAGGCAAUGAGCUGGAUCCCCUCCCCGAAGAAACUCUGAGGCAGAGACCCAACCCCAACGCUGUGCGAUCAUUAGAGACUGUUAUUCAAGUACAGAGUAAAUAUUGGACAUACGUGAAGCGGUUUGCCUCCAAGGUUGGGUACUCUCUCCUGGAAGCACAAAAACUUGAUCGGGACGAGGUGGACACCGUGACUGCCCUUGCCUCUUUGUCAGUAGGACGACCAAUGGCAGCAGCUGGGAACAGUGAACCUCAGGAAGAACCCAUGGAGGAGGAGGGUCCCAUGAGUCUAUGACCUGGCGAAGCAAACAGCUAUUCUAAUGGAUAAGAUGUGCUACUUUUCAAGUUCAUUCAGUGGCGCCGUUUGCUUUAUUAAUCUUAACUCAAAGAUGAGCUAGACCCUAACCUGUGAGAUCAUUCCUGAAGCUGCACCAAGCCAUCACGCGUUGGCAUAAGUUGAACAUGGGAUCUUGCCUGAGUAACAAAAUUCCAUUUGUUGCCUCAACACAUAAAUUUGUACAUAUAGACACUUUAUUGUCUUAUUACUGUGGCUAUGCACCAAGAGGACAUUGCUAAACUCGACCAAAGAUAUCAUUCACGUGAGGUGGUAACCAUGUGAAAGGAAGACAACAGAAGUUACUGACACCGUCCGUCUUACCCAAUAUAUAUAUAUAUAUAUAUAAAAAUGUACAGACCUGUGAAGAUGAACAUUACUCUUCUGUGUAAUUUAGUGUAUAAUCAAAUGCUAGUUGUGCUUCAACAUUUUCACAUACUUUACAGAUUGUACCCAAUUGGUUGAUUUACCAAGCUCAAGAUUGGUAGACAAUUUUCAUGAAAUCAUUUUGCUGGAAAUGUGACAACCGUUCUCAAUGCCAAACUCCGCUAUGUGAAAACGCAUCAAAUCGCUUCAUGUAAAAAAAAAAAAAAAAAAACGGAGCACUGCAGGAUGAUCCUGCAGCCUGACCAAAGUGGACCUUUCUGUACAGGAGAAACUUCAUGUAGACCACUCACUGGAGAUUCACAAGAUGCUGAUAACCUAGAAUGAGACUGUAAGUGCCUGGCACACCUGGAAGUUAGAAAAUGCCUUUUUGCUUUCUAGAUAUUCCCAAUGACCACUAAUCGUUACGUGGAUGGAAUGGAUUUUGUGUUGUUCAUUUGCACUAUGGGGGCGUCACCCCCCCUGACACACCACAUACAGGAUAAAGACAAUUGAAUAUCAUGUAUUAACUUCUAACAGACUGCGUAAAAAAUAAAAACCACAAUGGACCAUUUUGCUGUAAAAUAUAUGCUUGAUGAGACAAUCUGAGGAAACUUUGCAAUACAAGUCAUUUUCACAUUCCCAUGUGCACUAGGUAGUCACAUGAGCGUUUGAAAAGUUAUAUGGUGCAGAUAUUACAGAAAAAUUUAAAACA